AUGGGGAAAGGUAUUGCAAAAUAUGGCUUUAAAAGUGGUAUAUUGCCUGUUACAAGGAACAUCUUGAAGCAUCCUACUGUUCGUCAAACUAAUCUAGUGAAUAAAGCUAAAGAACCACUUCCUAAAGGUGAAAAUGGUCUCGGUUACGCUGAAGGGAUCCAACAUCCGGCAAAAUCUCGUAGAGAACCAAAGCCUGCUACUUUUAUUAAUAUCGAGGAUGUUAUCUCUAAGAGUAUCCCUGCUCCACAAUCCUUAAAGUCAGCUGGGAGUGAGAUCCAAGAGACGAAGAUGAAAAAAGCUCAAUUAAGAAGAAAAUAUUUAGCAGAUGCUUUACAUAAAGAGGAAGAAUAUUUGUUGAAAAGAGAAGAAUUACUUGCUAAGAGAGAGAUCAUUGAAGCUAAGGAACGUGAAGAAGAGAUGAAGAAGAUUAAUUUGACAAAAUCGUCAGAUUUAACAAUUCCAUCUUUGGAACAUAUAAUAAAUCAACCUUUAAUGAGACAUAGAACUCCAGAAGAAACAGAAUUAAUGAAAUUAAAGAGAAUCUAUAAUAGAGAAUUUAUAGAGUUUAAAGCAAAAGAAAGAAAAUUAGAAAAAUUAUUAGAAUUAUAUUAUGAAGCAGAUCAAUAUAUUGUCACUGAAGAACAAUUACUAAAAAAUAUAGAUGCAAUUUUUGAUGAAACUCGUUUCUCAACAAAUACCAAUACAUUUUUUGAUUUAAAAAACAAUACGAAGAAAAAUAACUUGGAAAGAAAGAUUGGUGAUGAAUUGUUUGGUACAGUAAAUACUGUGCACCCUGGUUUACCAAUGGUUAAAGAUUUCUUAAAUGGUGAAGCAGUUAAGUUUGAUAAUGAAAUUAAAGUAGAAAAUAACAAAAUCUUAGAAGAAAGACAAAAGAAUGUGGAUAACAUUCUUCCUUAG